CCGCGAGGAAGUGCCGUGAACGAGCGCCGGAGCUGUCUUCUUGGUUCUCCCGUGGGCAGAUCACAAUAAUCACUCACAAAAAUCAAAGUAACCAGGUUGGACUGCUUUUUGUGAUACCCAGCUGUCAGACAUAAACUGCAGGAGAUUGCGGCGGCAAAUAUUUUAUUGUAAAGGAGCGUGCUCGGUUUCAGCAGGAGAAUGGCUGCCGAGGUGAAUGGCAACUCAGCGCCGGUGAAGGAGGAUGAAGAACCCAUGGACAUCACUGUCACGCACACAGAGAACUACCAGACCCUCAUAGAUGCUGGCCUCCCACAGAAAGUGGCAGAGAGCUUGGACAACAUCUUCCAGACCGGACUGGUGGCAUAUGCUGACCUGGAUGACAGAGCCAUAGAUGCCCUGAGGGAGUUCAAUGAGGAAGGAGCACUGUCCGUGCUGCAGCAGUUCAAAGAGAGUGACCUGUCCCAUGUGCAGAAUAAAAGUGCGUUUCUGUGUGGUGUCAUGAAGACAUACAGGCAACGGGAGAAGCAGGGAAGCAAGGUGCAAGAAUCCACAAAGGGCCCCGACGAGUCCAAGAUAAAGGCACUUCUGGAGAGGACAGGGUACACCCUGGAUGUUACCACAGGACAGAGGAAGUAUGGGGGACCCCCACCAGAGGAGGUGUAUUCAGGAGUGCAGCCUGGAGUUGGAACAGAGGUGUUUGUGGGGAAGAUCCCCAGGGACCUGUACGAAGACGAGCUGGUACCGCUGUUCGAGAAGGCGGGUCCAAUCUGGGACCUUCGGCUGAUGAUGGACCCACUGUCGGGUCAGAACCGGGGAUACGCCUUCAUCACUUUCUGCAACAAGGACGCAGCACAAGAGGCGGUCAAGCUCUGUGAUAACUAUGAGAUCCGGUCAGGCAAAUACCUGGGUGUGUGCAUCUCUGUUGCGAACAAUCGUCUGUUUGUUGGAUCGAUUCCAAAGAAUAAGACCAGGGAAAGCAUCUUGGAAGAUUUCAGCAAAGUCACAGAGGGCCUCAUGGAGGUGAUCCUUUACCACCAGCCAGAUGACAAGAAGAAGAACCGUGGCUUUUGCUUCUUGGAGUAUGAGGACCACAAGUCCGCUGCGCAGGCCCGGCGCCGGCUCAUGAGUGGCAAGGUGAAAGUGUGGGGCAACCCGGUCACGGUGGAGUGGGCCGACCCGGUGGAAGAGCCUGACCCUGAGGUCAUGGCAAAGGUAAAGGUGCUGUUUGUGAGGAACCUGGCCACCCCAGUCACAGAGGAGCUGCUGGAGAAGACCUUUUCUCAGUUCGGCAAGCUGGAGCGGGUGAAGAAGCUGAAAGACUAUGCUUUCGUUCACUUCGAAGACAGGGACGCGGCUGUCAAGGCCAUGCAAGAAAUGAACGGGAAGGAACUGGAGGGAGAGGAGAUCGAAAUCGUCCUCGCGAAGCCCCCGGACAAGAAGAGGAAAGAGCGGCAGGCACAAAGACAGACCACCAGAAACACGGGGUAUGACGAUUACUAUUACUAUCCUCCGCCACGCAUGCCACCCCCUGUGCGGGGCAGGGGGCGCGGGGGGAGGGGCGGCUACGCGUACCCUCCCGAUUACUACGGCUACGAGGAGUACUACGACGAUUACUAUGGCUACGACUACCAUGACUACAGAGGCGGCUACGAAGACCCCUACUAUGGUUACGACGACGGCUACUCGGUGAGAGGGAGAGGCAGCCGGGUGAGCAGGGGGGCCCCGCCCCCUCCCAGGGGCCGAGGAGCGCCGCCCCCUCGCGGAAGAGGAGGCUACACCCAGAGGGGCGCGCCCAUGGGUGCGCCGAGGGGCAGCCGAGGGGGCCGGGGAGGCCUGUCCCAACAGCAGAGGGGGCGCGGAGCUCGGGGGGCCCGCGGGAACCGUGGGGGCAACGUGGGCGGGAAGCGGAAGGCAGACGGCUACAACCAGCCGGAUUCCAAGCGCCGCCAGACCAACAACCAGCAGAACUGGGGCUCCCAACCCAUCGCUCAGCAACCCCUGCAGCAAGGUGGCGACUAUUCCGUUUCUCCUUUUAUUCCGAAUCACCCAGGUGAAGACGCGACGUGGCUGCCCUUGACUGACAGGAGGAACACAUCUAUCUCGGCUGUGUUCUUCCCAAAAAAGAGGGGCAGCGUGUUCGAGGCGGCCCCGACCCAGUCUUGUCACGGUGUGGACUUGCUAGGUGGGGCUCUGAGAGGAGGAAUUCGUGAGGACUUCUGGGUUCUUAGAAUCAAGGCACGCACUGGAAGCCAAACGGGGCAUUUUCAUUGGCUGAUGAAAGGAACAGUAGACGUGGCAGGGAUAUGCUCCCUGUCUGGGCUCAGGCCUUCAUGUCCAGGACAUUCCUUCAGACAGCAAAUUCAAGAUGGUAUUUCGAGGAAAUUUGUAGUUUAAAUUGCUGUCAAAGAGAUGCAGUGACAAAAACCCCUCACAAAAUAUAAUUGAAGUUUACAUUAGUGGUUUUACUUUUCAUUUUUAAUGACCCCUUACCCUCAUCAUGACUGACAGUGAGUUCAGCGG